AUGUCGUACUCUCUUUUCUUUCAGCCGCCAAAAGUCAGUGCUACUCUGCCCACCGAAUCGUCAGUUAAGGAACGGUUUAGUCAUCCAAACUUCACCAACCCCAACACUCUCCGCACUCAGCAUACCCAGUCGUUACAUGGGUCAUUUCGUCAUGCGCUUUCUGAAUAUGGUCGGUUCUAUAAUCUCUCCUACGCCAGCAUGGCUGAGCAACCAGGUCGGCGCUCAACUGACAUCUACCGACGCAAUGCCCUCCAGACACCUGCCACAUCCAACAGCACAUCCCAUCUUCAACACUUCCACAUACCUCAGGGCAGUCGCUUCACCCUGGAGCCCACUCGUAUAAUCCCCGCCGGUCUGUCUCGCAACUCGCGUUCUCUCAACACCGGUCUUCGAGAUGCUCUCAUAGCCCAAUAUUCCUCAGUCUCCUCGGGUCGUUUGGCAUCUUCCGUUUCAAAUGGUGGCGGUGGUGGUGGCUGUUCGGAUUCCAGUCGACACUCUACUCUGGUAGUGGAAAGUGAAGCGGCUUCAUUGGAGGCCAGGAGGCUGGCCAGUUUCCCUUCUGGUCAGCCCCCAGAUGCUUCUUCUGUGCCCGCCAUUGAACGCUAUGAUUGGCCGGCUCCUGCAUCUACGGCGGUUAUGACAGCUGAACUCAUGCGAGAGCGUCGACAACGAUUGCGAGAACAAGGCGUACUUGCAGCGAGUUCGGAUGAAAGUGUGGAGGAUCUCAGCAUAGACACUUCAAUUGGCAGUCACAAUGAGCUAGAUGGUGUUGCCGGAGGCAUUGGCAGAGUAAGUCCUGUCGUCCAUUUCUUUUGA